AUGAGUACCCAUAACGAUGAGGAUAUUAGUGGUAUAGAACGGGGUGAUGCCGUAAGGCUUGUCGACCUACGAGACUACCCUGGGCUCGACGGCCAAACAGGAAGAGUAGUCAGGUUCGAUCAAUUGACUCAGAGAUACGAUGUAAGACUCGACGAAACUAACGUUACGAAGAGAGUUCGAGGCUCCAACCUACGACGACUCCUCACAGGCUGUGUUGUCGAACUCCAAGGCCUCAUUGCCGCCUAUAAGCUCAAUGGAAGUAUCGGUGAGUGUAAGGACUUCGACAAGCAGCUCCAGCGUUACGUUGUUCUGUUAGAUGGUGACGUUACUAAGAAGGUUAAGCCUGAGAACGUUAAGGUAUUGACGAGCUAUCGUAACAGUCGAAUCGUCCCGACUCUACAGCAAAUACGGAGCGUAAGAGAUAAUCGGGCAUCUGUGUCGCUGUCGUAUCUCGAACAAUGGCAGCUUUGCCCAAUGCCGUGUGUGCUUUCGAUCAAGCAUCUCACCAAUUGGGAGGAUAUGCGAGGGCGGAAGGAAAAGGACCAAUACUUGGCGAAGAAAUUGUGCUCUGCCUCGUCCCUUUCAAAGGAUUUCGUGGACUCUAACGUCUUCUACGUCUCGUACCCUCGAACGCAGCUCAACCCCGAUCCUUUGUAUAUGCCUGAUGUCCAGCCGGAAACCAACAGUAUUUCUGAUGCCGAGUCGAUCAGUGGUAAUGUAUUCGACGAGGAUGCCCCACUGCUCCUCGAGGAUCGUUCGUCUCAUAAGAGGAAGCGGUCUGAUCGGGUAAUAGAUGGUGAGAAGAGAUCGCGGACUAGGGACAAUGACAGAGUGUCUCGGCACGGUAGGGGGGUCUCAGCUGACAAUGAUAAAGAUACUCGCCCUCUUUCUGCUGCUUUACCUCUGCUGGCUUCCCUAGGUCGGUGGUGUGAGAAGUCUAAGGAUGUAUCUCCCGAUAUCCGCCGACGGACGUACUUCAUGGUGCCUGGACACCUGACGAAGUUCCAGUCGAUGAAAGGGCCGAGAGAGGCCGGUGCUAACGGAAUACCCACGUAUAUUGCCCUCUGCCAUGCAAUGGUUCUAGUAACAGAUUCCUCAGAGGAUGUAGACUUGACUGGACCUCAGCGUGUUGAAGUACUUGCGGCCCAUGCUAUGAACAAGACAGUGUAUGUGCUCGACUCAAAGAAGGGGCUGAGAAAACUUCCUAACAAGAGCUCCAAUGGCCUCCUAUCUGACCGGAUUCACCGUAUUGUCAUGCAUAAGCCAAUCGAUGGGCUCGUGGAUGAGACCGACGGUAGUGGCGACAAAAUUCGUGAAUUUACCGAAGCCCUGGAUCCCAAUGGGGACGUCAAGUGGGGAAAGAAGGCUCAUAAAGGGUACUCGAUAUAA